AACCAUGGCUGCAACCAAUUAUCAUCUCCUCUUGAUCACCUUGUUUCUCUUUGGUAUUUUCUCCAUGAAUCAUGCCUGCAACCAAAUAGACCGCAACUCUAUCUCGUCUUUAGCCUUCAACUCUACGUCUUCUCCUCCACUAAAUUGGUCUUCCAUUGAUUGUUGCCGGUGGGAAGGCAUUUCUUGUGAUCAUAAACACCAAGUCACCAGUAUUUGGUUACCUUCUAAAGGCCUCAGUGGUAGUAUAUCUCCCUCUCUUGGAAACCUCACACAGCUCUCACACCUCAAUCUCUCCAACAAUUCUCUUUCGGGUCCUCUCUUUCCUGGAUUGUUUUCGUCCUUGACUCAGCUCAAGGUCCUUGAUUUGAGCUACAACCAUCUAUUUGGAGAUAUAUCUGGCUGGCCUGCCUCCCUUCAAAUUGUUGACAUAUCUAGCAAUCACUUCAGCGAGACAAUCCAAUCUUCAUUCCUUCAAAGAGCAUGGAGGUUGACCCAACUCAAUGUUAGCAACAAUGGUUUCAUAGGCCCUAUUCCUUCCUUUCCUUGCAUCAAUUCUUCUUUGGUCAACCUCCUCGAUUUCUCCCAUAAUCAUCAUAGUGGCCAAAUUCCUAGUGGACUAGGGGCAUGUUCCCAACUAAAGGUGUUUCGGGCAGGUUUUAACUCUCUCUCAGGUUCCCUUCCUGAUGAUAUAUUCAAUGCAACAGUGGUAGAAGAAAUCUCCUUACCUUCCAAUCAUCUUUCUGGACCCAUCAGCAAUGAUAUCGUGUACCUUACAAAACUCACCAACCUCGAGUUAUAUGGAAAUGAAUUGAGCGGCAAGCUCCCUGUGAAUAUCGGAAAGCUCUCCAAAUUAAAGCAUCUACUCCUUGAUGAGAACUUCUUAACAGGUUCUUUGCCCCAAUCUCUGGUGAAUUGCACAAAUCUCACAAAAUUGACAUUACGACACAAUUUCCUUCAAGGAGACAUCUCUACCUUUAACUUCUCCAGUUUUCAUCAACUUACCAUAAUUGACCUAGCCUUUAAUAACUUGUCUGGUAACUUGCCUGUAAGCCUUUACUCAUGUAAAUCCUUGAUAGCAAUUCGACUAGCCCGAAACCGAUUAGAGGGACAAAUCCAACAUGAGGUGCUUCAAUUAAAAUUCUUAUCUUUCCUUUCGCUUGGUCAAAAUAGGCUAACCAAUAUCACAAACGCAAUCAAGAUUCUGAUGCGUUGCAAGACACUUAGCGUAGUCUUACUUGUAGGGUCUUUUCUACACGAGGCAAUGCCAAGUGAUGAAAAUACAAUUGGUUAUGAUGGAUUUGAAAAUCUCCGAGUCUUGAGUCUUGAGGAGUGCCAACUGACAGGUCAGUUUCCUGUAUGGAUAUCUAAGCUUAAGAAGUUAGAAUAUCUGAAUCUCAGGGCCAAUCGUAUAACGGGUUCAAUUCCUAUUUCGUUGUCGACUCUUCCAAGCCUCAUCCGCAUAGAGGUACCUGAUAACCUCAUUUCAGGUGAAUUCCCAAAGGAACUUUGUGAUUUGCCAGCAUUAGUGUCACCAAGGGCUCUAGUAGACAAGAGUCAUUUCGAUUUACCAAUAUUUUCUGGUACAAAUAUGCAAAUCAAUCUCCUCUCAAACAUUGAACCGGGAAUUUUUGUUGCAAACAACAAUCUUAGUGGUAACAUCCCAAUUGAGAUUGGUCGUUUGAAGAUGCUUCAUAGUCUGAAUCUUAGUCAUAACAAAUUCUCAGGAAACAUUCCAGCCCAACUAUCUGAGCUCACAAACUUGGAAGAAUUAGACCUCUCUGCAAAUCGGUUGUCCGGCGAAAUACCAGCAUCACUAAGUAGUCUACAUUUCUUGUCUCGAUUUAGUGUUGCAAACAACAAUCUCCAUGGAGAAAUACCAUCGGGAACUCAACUUCAGACCUUUAAUGCCUCUGCAUAUGAGGGAAACCUUGGACUUUGUGGCCCCCCACUUCCACAUGGGUGUGCCCAUAUUGUUAGCAACAAUCAGGACAGCGAUAGGCCUAGAAUCCCAUGGUUUCCACUCACUGUAGUUUUUGGUUUUAUUACAGGUUUUUGGGGAGUUUGUGGUCCAUUAAUUUUUAGCUCUAAGUGGAGGGUUGCAUAUUUCCAAUUCAUGGACCACCUAAAAAAUAGGUGCAUAAUCUUUUUCUUGAAAAUUGCUUAUUGGUCGCAUUAGAGUAUGUUAUCAAUUGGCCGUUAUAGAGCCUAUCAUCAAUUUGGUUUAUCAAGUUUUUAUUUGAAUAAUUUAAGGUUUUGUUAGUUUUCAUAUUUUCAAUUUCUGUUCAGUGUGAUUAGUGUUGUGGAGAAAAUUAAUUAAUCAUGGUUACUUUGUUUGUCAUGCCAUUUACAGUUGGCCCACGGUGACAAGUAGGAGCAGAACUGUGUGUUGCUUUGAAAGGCUAAUGUACGUCGUUUCAAAAUUUUAAAAUUGCCAAUAAAAUUUAUGGUUUUUUUAAUGAAAUGUACCCACAAAACUAAAUUUUUACCUCCCAAA